AUGAGCUCAAAGUAUAUAAAACAAUACGAAGAGUACAUCGAAACGUAUGAACGAUUGUUUCAUAUAAAAUCAAACGAGUCUAUCGAAGAUACAAUGAAUAUGAUUACAAAUGUUUUAAUUUCAAAGUAUCAAAUUCGAAUUCCAGAUCUAAUACUGAGCCUUAUGACUGCAAUACAAUAUAACUCUAGAUCCAUUGACAUUUAUGUCAAAAUAAUCAAUCAAAUACUUUCUAAAUAUACAAACACAGAAGUUAAAACUACUAAUUUUGAUGAUUUGAUAAAUUAUACAUUAUUGACUUUAAUUAAGAAUGAAAACAAAAUAUAUCAAUUUGAAUACGAUAAAGAUGAAUAUCCAAAAGAAGAUGAUGUUCAUUAUUUUAUAAUGAAUGAUCAAAUUGAUAAUUUCAAAGAAUACCUCACUCAAAAUUCACUAGAAGACAUCGAUGAAUUUCUUUUUAAUGAUGAGAUAGGCAGCUUGUCAGCUCUUAAGGCAUGCCGUUAUUUUGGCUCUGUCAACAUUUUCAAUUUCCUUAUUAAAUGUUGCGGCAAUACUAUAACACAAGAAUGUUUAGAAUUGGCAUCAAUCGGUGGAAAUAUUGAUAUUAUCAAUGAAUGUUUAAAGGAGAAUCAAAUUGAUGAAUUCUGCUUUUUAUCCAUUAUUGCAUCACACAACAACAAAUUCCUUGAAUUUGUUUUUGAAAGAGAUCUCUAUAAAUUUGAUGAUUUUAACUUUGAUAACAUUAUUUACUCUGAUUUAUUAAUUUAUUCACAAAACUUAAAAGCAGUUUUUCUUAUGUUUGAAAAAGAUAAGAAUUCAAUUUUGCCAUGGGCUUCUGGUUUUCCACAAUCUCGUGAAAUUUUCAAAAAUGAAGAUUUAGAUUUUUCAACAUAUGGUAAAACUUCUCUAAAUAUUGCCGCACAAUUCAAUAAUACUGAUAUAUGCAAGUUUUUAUUAGAUAAUAAAACUACUUAUAAAAUUGAUAUUAAUAUUAAGAGAUCAAAUCAUAUUAAUUCCAUUUAUUAUGCAACAGAUCAUUCUAAUAUAGAAUUAGUUAAACUUUUGAUUUCCCAUGGUGCAAAAAUUAUAUUAGAUGAUGAUGGCAUAUAUUCACUUAAUUGCGCAGCAGCUCAUAAUAAUAUAGAAAUUGGAGAGCUUCUUAUCUCAAACGGUGCAGAUGUCAAUGAAAUAGAUGAAAAUAACCUCACUGCUCUGCAUGAUGCUGCAUCUAAUAAUAGCAAAGAAUUUAUAGAAUUACUUCUUUCACAUGGCGCAAUAAUUGAUCAAAAAGAUGAGAUAGAUUUUACACCACUUCAUAGAGCAGUUUUAUCUAAUUCCAAGGAAGCAGCCGAAGUACUUAUUUCUCAUGGUGCUAGUUUAAUAGCGCAGUCUGCAAAAUUUGAAACUCCAUUACAUUUGGCAAUAAGUUUGAAUAAUAAAGAAAUGACAGAAUUUCUCGUAUUACAUGGAGCAAAAAUAAAUGCUUGUUUUGAAGAUAUUGAUCCUCCUUUAACAUAUGCACUUUCGAAUGAUUGUGAUGAAAUUGUACAAUUCCUUAUUUCAUAUGGUGCUGAUUGUAAUAUAAGGAACGUUAUACAGCAGACUCCUAUUUUUGUUGCGAUUUUUAUGGGUGAUUUGGAAUCUACAAAACUUCUCAUUUCUCACGGUGCCGAUAUUAAUGCAAAAGACAUGAAAGGUCGAACAGUUCUUCAUUAUGCAGUAAAGGGAGAUCAGGAUAAAGAAAUUCUAGAUCUUCUCAUUUCAAAUGGUGUAGAUGUUAAUGCUAAAGAUGCUAAAUAUCUUACUCCACUUGAUUAUGCUGUAAAAACUAAUAAUACUGAAUUAGAAGAAUUUCUCAUUUCUCAUGGUGCAAAUGUUCUUCCUCGUUCACCUCAUAUAAUUGAGGAUCUUUAG